UCGCAUGACCAACACUGCAUGACUCUGGACCACGUCUGAGAUCUGAGCCAAAGAGCGCUCCGGAAGGGUUUUUACACACGAUGUCAUUUGCAAUGGUGCGUCCAGCCCCAAGCCGCUACCUGUACUCGGACAUCUCCAUGAUGUCUGAGGAUGACGAGAACGGCAGCGAGAGCUCGGGUUCAGAUGACCGCUCCUUCCGACUGGACGCCUCCGGCUACGAGCUCAAGGUGGGCAGGAAACGGAAACCGGGCAGUGGAGGUGGCGGAGGUGGAGUGCUACCAGGCGCCCCAAACGGUCCACCAGGCGAGGGACGGCAACGUAACGCAGCCAACGCGCGGGAACGAGACCGCACCAACAGCGUGAAUACGGCCUUCACCGCACUCAGGACUCUUAUCCCUACCGAGCCGGCAGACAGGAAGCUGUCCAAGAUUGAGACUCUGCGCCUUGCUUCCAGCUACAUCUCGCAUCUCGGCAAUGUCCUGUUGGUCGGCGAGGCCUGUGGUGACGGGCAGCCGUGCCACAGCGGUGGACCCUCAGCGGCCUACUAUCACCAUCAUGGAUCACCUACACGAGAUUCCGAGAACUCGCAGCCCAAACAGAUCUGCACGUUCUGCCUCAGCAACCAGAGGAAAAUGAGCAAAGACAGAGACAGAAAAACAGCCCUGAGGAAUUAAUCCGGAGCGAGGAUGAGACAGACGGACUCGAGGACAUCUGAGGACAAUCACAAACUUUUGACUCAAGACUCGACUUUAAGGUGUAUAUAUAUAUGCAAAUAAAAACAUAUUUAAUUGAUCCC